AUGGACGAACCUCUCUUUGUAGUAAAAAAGGAAGAUGAAGGCGUGUUUUCGUCAGACGUCGAUUUUAGCACGCCGAAGAAGCCGUACACCAACGGUACAUUGUGUGUUGCGCCUCUGGUGGUCGUGAAGAAAGAGCCGGUUGAGGAGCCCAUUCCUGAACAGGCCUCCGAGCUGGUGACACCAACGAAUCAAAAUUCUGUUUCUCGUGAGAAGCAGAGAAAAAGAGGCCGCCCUAAGAAAAUCCGACCACGUGCUGGACGUCGUACUGGUGAGCGCGUAACAGCUGAUGACCAGAUUUCAUCUGAUGAUGUUACAUCUCGUGUGACUUAUAAUAUGGCUGGUGAUUCGGAUGCUACAGAAGAAAGCCGAGUGCCUAGUGUCGAUGAGGAGUUAGUGGAACAUUUCCAGCCUUCAGAUGGCAGUCUCAGGAGGAAGGAGCGUCCUGUGCCUAUUCGUAAAAGGCGCUCACUGAAUAGCGAUGACAGGGAUACUGAGACCAACCCUCGUCGCCGCAGAAGUUCUGGCGAUGCAUAUCUUGGCGACGAUGAUGAAGAUGGUAGGGAUGGACUUUAUAUUGAUGAAGGAGAGCUUCGCAACGAGAAUGACAGAAGAGGUGCUCCUCCGGUGAAGGUUGAGGUGCAGGGUGAGAAUCACUACGACCCUCUUGAAAGAGACGAAUGUGCACUACCGAUACUUCGCAUUGUAACACCUGAUACUGAAACUGAGUUGGCAGAUGUGCACGUGGAGGAGGAAGAGGAGCACGGAGCUGACCACGAAGACGAGCAUGAAGCCGAACUCGAAGCUGAACCCGAAGUGAGCGACAGUAGCCUUCGAACAGAGUCAGAUGUCUCACGUCUCUCACUGGAGAGAACUAUUUCGCGCCCAACUGAAGGAUCUCUGGAGUACAGGUUUAAAAUGUGGUCGGAAGCCUACAAAAAGUUCCGUACCAAUCCGUACUUCAUUCCUGAAGGAGAAGUGGGGAAGGCGCCUCAAUUUGUGCGCUAUCCUCCUCGAUCCACUAGCGAUGUUGUGGUUGUAGAAAAAGACGAAAAGGCCUUCGCUUUGCUCCGUGGCCGUUUUGAAGUUGCAAUCAAGCUUCCAGUGAAGGGUCCGAAUGCAACCAAUUGGAAAGAAAUUUUGGUUGGUGACGUGGUAUGGGUCAGAUGGCGCAAGAAUGAACAUUGGCCUGCAACAGUUUAUGAAAUAACGGAUACAGUGCCGGUGAAGGUUACUGUCUUCUGGGUGAAUGAUAAGACUCAGAGCACUGUUGAUUAUACCCAAGUUGACUUAUUCGAUAUGGCUUUCCAUAUCAGAUUCGAUUGCCGCAGAUCUGAUCCAAAAUAUGUGAGAGCAGUUGUAACGGCCCUACGUUAUGUAGGCAAGAUGGGAUUCUGGGAAAGUUUUUUAACAAGAAGAGUCUACGAAGAACUAGUCAAGGAGGAAGGUCCAUCGUUCUGUCAACAUAUCAGUGCUGAAGAGAUCAAAAGGAUUAUGAGCAAGCAGGCCAAACAGGCAAAGGUGUCCAAGGAAAUGAAGAAGGAAGAUCAGCUUCGCCUUCAGAGAAGUGAAGAACUUCUGCAAGCUCUUCAGGCGUCUCAUUUCAUUUUCUCCUAUGAUGAUCCACCUUUAGUGGGCAGUGCUUACCCGCUUACCAAUCAAGUUCUCGAGGACUAUCUUGGAAGUGCAUGUUGCGCUUCACGCAAUUCUGAGCCAUUGUUCGAGGAUGGAAAUAGCCCGUUUUUUGGAGCAGCGCAGAAAUAUGACAUCGACCCCGAAGUCAUGGGCUCAAAUGAGAUUUAUCAUCCCGACUAUCCUGAAAAUAAUGGGAUUAUUCCUCCUCCGAACGUCAUCAAUGUUGUGACAAUCGGUUACGGAGCUUCUUCCACAGAGGACGUUGAUCAUCAUGACAACAAUCUCGGCCACGAAGUUAAUGAGAUCACUACCGUUGUGGCUGAUGAUGUGAAG